GGCCGGGGGACGCGCGGCGCGCCGCCGCGGAGUGACGCGCCGCGCGGCGACAGAACCCGCCGCCGCUCCGCUCGCACCUGCGCCCGCGGACAUGGAACCGACGCGACGCGGCGGAACUACAACUCCCGGCACGCGGCGUCACGUGGCGGCCGCCGCUCGCCAGCGGAAGAGGAAAAGCCGCCGCUUCCGUGUUGCUCUUGUUAUUCUGGUGAACGCGGAUCCGUCGCUCGCGGCUCCGGGCUCGUCGGACGCAGUCGCCGGAACUGGGCCCGUCAUGGUUCUGUAGAAGCGGACCGAGGUUCCACGCGUUUCUUUCCCGCCCGGACCAUGUCGCUGCUGCAGAGCGCGAAGAAGAAAGACAAGCGCGUCCUGUCCGGGACCUGCCCCGACCCCCGGUGCCGGGCGCGGCUGUUCUUCCCCGCGCACGGCCCCGGCAGCAUCGAGUGCACCGAGUGCGGACAGAGGCACGAGCAGAAGAACCUGCUGACCGUGGAAGAGGUGACGGACCCGGAUGUGGUGCUGCACAACCUGCUGCGGAACGCCCUGCUCGGCGUCACCGGGGCCCCGAAGAAGGGCACCGAGCUGGUGAAGGUGAUGGGGCUCUCCAACUACCACUGCAAGCUGCUGUCCCCGGUGCUCACCAGGUACGGCAUGGACCGACAGACGGGCCGGGCCAAGCUGCUGAGGGACAUGAACCAGGGCGAGAUGUUCGACUGCUCGCUCCUGGGGGACCGGGCUUUCCUGAUCGAGCCGGACCACGUGUCCACCAUGGGCUACGGCAAGGACCGGUCGGGCAGCCUGGUCUACCUCCACGACACGCUGGAGGAGGUGAAGAAAGCCAACGGCAGCAGAGAGUGUCUCAUCCCGGUCCACGUGGACGGAGACGGACACUGCCUGGUCCACGCCGUGUCCCGAGCGCUGGUGGGCAGAGAACUGUUCUGGCACGCGCUGAGGGAGAACCUCAAACAGAACUUCAAGCAGAACCUGGACCGCUACAAAGUCCUGUUUCAGGACUUCAUUGAUGCUGUGGAGUGGGAGGACAUCAUCAACGAGUGCGACCCCCUGUUCAUCCCGCCUGAAGGUGUGCCGCUCGGCCUACGCAACAUCCACAUAUUCGGGUUAGCCAACGUGCUCCACCGGCCCAUAGUGCUGCUGGACUCGCUGAGCGGCAUGAGGAGUUCUGGGGAUUACUCGGCCACCUUCCUGCCGGGCCUGGUGGCAGAGGAGCAGUGCCGUGGGAAAGACGGGAAGCUCAACAAGCCCAUCUGCAUCGCCUGGAGCAGCUCCGGCAGGAACCACUACAUCCCUCUGGUGGGAAUCAAGAACACAGUGCUGCCCAAGCUGCCGGCCCGUCUGCUGCCGAAGGCCUGGGGCGUCCCUCAGGAGCUCAUCAGGAAGUACAUCAAGCUGGAAGCGGACGGGAGCUGUGUGAUCGGCGGCGACCGCAGCUUGCAGGAUAAAUAUCUGAUGAGGCUGGUCAACGCCAUGGAGGAGGUGUUCAUGGAGAAGCACAGCAUCCACCCGUCGCUGGUGGCUGACGUGCACCAGUACGUCUACAGACGGACCGGCGUGAUCGGCAUCCAGCCCGAGGAGGUGACCGAGGCGGCUAAGAAGUCCGUGAUGGAGAACCGGCUGCACCGUUGCCUGAUCUGUGGCGCCCUCUCUGAGCUCCACGUCCCACAGGACUGGUUGGUUCCUGGUGGGAAACUCUACAACUUGGCCAAAUCCACACAUGGUCAGCUGCGGCCGGACAAGAACUACAGCUUCCCCCUCAAUAACGUGGUCUGCUCUUAUGACCCGCAGAGAGACGUCCUCGUCCCAGAUUACAAACUGAGCUCCCUCAACACCUGCAACUGGUGUCACGGCACGUCAGUGCGCCACAUCCGCGGCAGUGGGUUGGUGGUUUACCUGGACGGGGACCGAACCAACACCCGCUCCCAGGGGGGGAAAUGUGGAUGUGGCUUCAAACAUUACUGGGAGGAAAAGGAGUAUGACAACCUCCCCGAGGCGUUCCCCAUCACGCUGGAGUGGGGCGGCCGGGUGGUGCGAGAGACUGUGCACUGGUUCCAGUAUGAGACCGACACAGCGUUGAACAGCAAUGUGUAUGACGUGGCUAUGAAACUGGUCACCAAGCACUUCCCGGGCGAGUUUGGCAGCGAGCUCCUGGUGCAGAAGGUGGUAAACACCAUCCUGCAUCACACCGCCAAGAAGAACCCGGACGAGUAUAACCCGGUGUCUAUCGAUGGGGCUCAUGUCCAGCGACUGACGGACACUACAGAGACCCCGCAGGCUGCGGACACUCAGCCGCCGACGAAGAUUAUCCUGACUGGUCAGAAAGCGAAGACGCUCCACAAAGAGGAGCUGACGAUGAGCCGAGCAGAGCGCAGCAUCCAGCAGAGCAUCAGCGAGCAGGCCUUCGUCACGCAGAAGCGACGGACUGACAAACUGAAGCAGGAGCAGAGAGGCCACGGCCGGACGUCUUCCCCCGGCGGGUCUCCAGAAACCUCCUCCUCUUCAGCUCCGGCCACGCCCACAAAAUCCUCAUCCCCCUCCUUGUCCAAUAAUGAGAAGAAGAUCCGCGUUACCACCAGCGAUGGCCGACAGGCCAUGCUGACCCUGCCGGCCCACACCACCUUCUCAGAGCUGCGGGGGAGCAUCGCCAAACAGUUUGGCGUGCCGCCGGCGCAGCAGUGCAUCCGCUACGGCUUCCCGCCCAAGGAGCUGGUCCCCCCGAAGGGCGGCGAGGAGAAGGAGCCCGUGGCGCUGCAGCACGGCGACCGGGUGACGGUGGAGAUACUGAGGGGCCCCGAGGACAAGAGCCCCUCCGCCUCCAUCCCACGGGCCUCCAGUUCGCACUCGGUGAAGAGCGAGGACACGGCGACGUCCGGCAGGAUGAGCACCGGGGAGCUGCAGGACAGCAUCGACCUUGAGAUGUCCUCCCUCUGUCUCCUAGCGACCUUGAUGGGUGAGGAUGUUUGGUCAUACGCUAAGAAGCUGCCGCACUUAUUCCAGCAGGGCGGCGUCUUCUACAAUAUCGUCAAGAAAGACAUGGGCCUGAUGGACGGGAAACACUGCACGCUGCCUCACCUGACGGGGAAAACGUUUGUUUACAACGCAGCAGAGGAGCGUCUGGAGCUCUGUGUGGACACCGCCGGCCACUUCCCCGUCGGCCCUGACGUGGAGGAGCUGGUGAAGGAGGCGCUGGUGCAGCUGCGCUCGGAGUCCGCCACUAGGGGCAGCAGAGAGGGGAGUCCGUCGCACGGCGUGCUGCGCCUCGGCAGCGGAGGCGUCGUCCGUAAGAAGGAGCAGCUGCAGAGCGUCACAGCCUUCCAGGGUAAAGGUCACUCUCUGGGCAGUGCCGGUGACUCCUCCCCUCCAGAACACCGGCCUAUCACACGCCAGCACAGCAGCGGCGUGGACCUGAGCGCCAGCGUGUCCAGGGACCCACCGGACCUGUCGGACAUCCCAGAGGACGCCACCAGGGAACUGGUCCGCAUGGCGCCGGGCUUCGUCACCACGAAGGACAGUCGAGGUCUGGACCCCAGCCUGAUGGAGCAGCAGCGGAGGAAGCUGCAGGAGAUGGUCUCCUCUAUCCAGGCCUCCAUGGAGCGCCACUUGAGAGAGCAGAACGCCACAGGGGACGGGGCGAGCCACGAGCGGACAGGCGGGACUAACCGGGGCUCGGGCCAACCGGCAUCCACAGCCGGUCAAGCUCCUCCAGUUGCAGCGGGUGCCUCAUCGGCAGGCCAAGCCGAUGGGAAGGCAGAGGAUCCGGACGAGAUGGAGAGCCAGGACGCUGGACAGAGCAGCACCUCUGAACCCAUGGAUCACUCCUGAUCCCUCCCGACCCCCGAAACGCCCGCCCCCCCGCCUCGCCUGGCCGUUACCUAUGGUUCAUAGCGCCUCAGGUCGGAUCCCAAAGCUUUGUUCUUCAUCGUGUUCUUGUCUUUACUGCAUGACUAAAGAGCAGGUCGGCCGCCCCUCGCCGCUCUGCAGACUCCGGGUGGGACGCGAGUCGAUAUAUGUGACACGCCGUCUGCGAUACAUCAAUGAUUCCUUCACACCAAUAUCACAGUUCUGUUGCAGUACUGACGCUGUUGCCGUGUGUGUUUAAACUCUAUGCACUUUGGUACACACUCUGUCAUCUCAGCUGUCUGCGCCACUACAUCCUGUAGUAAAUAAUAAAUACAGCUUCUGAUUUA